AUGCACGGGGUCUUAUCUCAUGGCCAUGUAUCCGAGAUAAUCAUUGAUGAUGAAAGCUACUAUGGUCAUGACCCCACCAAAGUUACCUACGGACCUCAGCCUGAGAGCAUCACCUGGACAAACGGUGCCAAAGACAACGGUUUUGUAACCUCCACCGCAAGCGCCCUAUCUUCCCAAGACAUCAUAUGCCACCUCAAUGCCACCAACGGACACCUGGCAGCAAAUAUCACUGCUGGCACGACCAUCACUGUGCGUUGGUCAGACUGGCCACAAGCCCAUUGGGGACCUGUGCUUGACUACAUGGCGCGUUGUCCAAACAACGAUUGCACAACAGUCGACAAAGCCAAAUUGAAGUUCUUCAAGAUCGAUGAGCUAGGUCAACUGACGCGAGGAACAGUACCUGGUUCACCAGGGUACUGGGCAAACAACAAACUUCGAGAUGCUAAGUUCACAUGGAAUAUCACAAUUCCGGCCAAGCUGGCUCCUGGAAGCUAUGUUCUAAGGCAUGAAAUCAUUGCACUUCAUGCUGGAGGUGCUGAGGGAUCAACACAGAUGUACCCUCAAUGCAUCAAUCUUGUUGUUGAGGGAGAUGGUACUGUUCAGCCCGAUGGCGUGUUGGCUACAGACCUAUACUCUUCUAAAGAUCCUGGCUUGCUGCAUAAUGUAUUUGUGGAUGAGUGGAGUGAUACAAAGUAUGUAAUUCCUGGACCUCCUGUAGCCAAGUUCUAG